AUGGGUGGCAGCCGCAGUCGACCGAGUCGCCCGGUGGAGCUGGAGGAGUCGCCGACCUCGAGAUCCUUCACGCGGCAGGUGCCGUUCAACGACGAGGAGCCGGCGUCGCCCUCGUCCCCGCCCUGGACGCCUUUGGGGCCUGUGAGUCCUGGCACCGGAAGCCUGAGCUUGGGUGGGCGGCAGUUCUUCGGCAGGUCCUCGGGACCCUCCUCGCCGGAGCCCAGCCCGUUGAGUCCCAAGAGCCAAAGCUCCAAGUCCAGUCGACCCUUUCUGGCCAGGUUUCCUGAGUCUUCAGCGUUCUCCAAAUUCCCUCAUCAUUGCCCAAGUGCCUCUCGCGAUGCCUCGAAUGCGGCGGAUGACAGCAGGAGCUGGUCGGUCUUGAGCUUGGGUGGGAAGAAGGAUGAGCCACAAGAACUCACCGAGUUUUUGAGACCGGCGGAUGGUGGUGGCUUUGGUGCUUGGGGAGUUGGAUCGAUAGGGGUGGAGAAGUGGUGGGUCGAUGAGGGUUCGGCCCAGUACUGGGCCGUUGAAGUCGAGGUCAAAUAUGGUCGAAAUCUUGCAGUUGAGGCUAGAUAUGGAUAUGUGCAGCCAAGAAUGUUCAUUCAAUCGCUGCAUUUUGCGACACACUAG